AUGGCACCUCUGUUCAUCUCCUACUGCUCCCGCAACACCCAGCCUGGGAUGCAGUAUGGGGAAAGAACUGUUAAAAGAAUAUUUGAUUUUACUGACUUUCCAGCAACGGGCUCGGGCGAGCUCCCGGUGCGAGCAGCCGGCGGGCUGCCCUGCGCCUGCUGGGCCCCGCGCUGGCAAGGCGGGGAUCGCGGGUGGAGCCCAGCAGCCCGAGCCCUCCAUCGUAUAGACACAGACCUGCCCGAGCGGACUCAGGACAUUUCCCAUUUGUUAACUAGCGUCUUUAAGAGCAUGUAUACUGCAGAUGUUAUAGGGAUGGACGCUGGAACAAAUCUGAUCAAGUCCCGUGGAGGAGACAAUCCCUAUCAUGAGAAGUUUGUGGAGGAGCUGCAAAAGAUUCAGACUGAAUAUAAUCAUCGACUGACAGAAGUUGACAUGGUAGAAAAGCACAUCAUUCAGGCAAGAGCUCGAGCAACAGCAGCAGAAGAAAGGGCUCUGAACAUGUUGAAGGUAGAUGUUGGGGAGGACUUCCACAACAUUGGAUUACCACCAGUGAAAUCCUCCUUCAGAUGGUGUGUGGAUAAUGACCUUCUCAAAAAACAUAAUUUAAUCUGUCCUGAAGAUUACAUCAUUGAUAGAAUACCCAUUACCAAAGCACCUAAAGGUAACUUAAAGCAGAGACUAAUAUGGAUUUCUGAUAAUGCUCUCUAG